GUCCGGGAGAGCGGCGCCGCGGCGCGCUUCGGCCGUGCUUCGCCGCACGAGGCCGCUUGCGUGGUCCUCCUGCUGUGCAGCGCGGUGCCGCUCCUGGUUGGUGGCAUCGAGGGUGAUGCCGUGCUGCCUCGACCAUAUCCACGCCUACUACUACCAUUCGUGGCUGUGUGGACGGCCGCUCUGUGCCUCGGCCUCGGCGUGGUCCGGCGGCGGCCCCCCUCGGCGAGCUGCGUCGGUUCCUUCGUGCUGCUGUGGCUGCCCCUGGUGUCGCUCAGCGUGCUCCUGUUCCUGCGGUGCUCGGUGAUGCCGCAGAUGCCCAGCCUCGCUGUCUUCGCGCCCGGCCUCGUGGUCACUGGUCUCGCACUGGUCUUCGUCGGCUUCCUGGUGGUCGCAGCCUGCUGGCUCGGCUGCCGCGGCAACCGCGAGUGGACCGAGUACGCGCUGGUCACGCUGCUCGCCAUGGUGACCGUGUUGGUGCCCCUGCUUCUCGUGCAGCUGGCGCUGCUGGCGUACACGAGCGGCAGCGUGGGCGCGGACGGCGUGCUGCUGCCGUGGACGGUGUGGCUCGCAGGCUUGCUCGCCUGCUCCGUGUGGCAGGCCUGCAUGCCGCAGGUGGGCGUUUCGGGAGACCCGCUCUCGAGGACCUGGCGCCGCGAGGGCGACCGGGGAGACUCGGCGUCGGACACCGAGCUGCUCCCGCGGCUCCCCGGCGGGGUAGUGUGA